AUGAGGACUCCUGCUGUUUCGGUCGUUGGCACCGCGCUGCUUCUCGCAGGAGGAGCGGUCGCUAAGCGUCACGGACAAUCCGAUACUACUUGUGUGGAUGGCUCACUCGUGGCCCAUACUGGCGAUCCGCUUGGGGAAGAAGUGGUUACGAAUGAUAACAUCACGCUGUACAUCACGAAGCCCGAUCAGGAGAAUCAACGGGCUAAGGCAAGAGCGGGCACCGCCGUGUUGUACCUGUCCGACGUCUUCGGCCUUGCCUUGCCCGAGAACAAACUCCUCGCGGACAGCUACGCGCGUGCCGGCUACCUAACCAUCGCCCCCGACCUUUUCGCCGGCGAGCCAGCCCCCGGCGACAUCAACGUGCCCGGCUUCAACACCACCGCUUUCCUCGCCGCCCACGAACCAUCCGUGACCGACCCCAUCAUCGCCUCCGCCCUCACCUACCUCCGCACCGAACUCAACGUCACCCGCGUCGCCGCACCUGGAUACUGCUUCGGCGGCCGGUACGCCUUCCGCCUGCUCUCCCCGUCGCCGAUCGAGGGCGCCUGGACCGAAGCCAUCGACGUUGCGUUCGCCGCGCAUCCGAGUUUGUUAGAGAGCGGGGAGAUCACCGCGAUUGGCGCGCCUGUUGCGAUUGCCUCGGCGGACAAUGAUACGUUGUUUACGGCGGAGGCGAGGGCGGCUGCGGAGCAGGACCUGUUUGGGGUUGGACAGCGGUAUCAGGUGAAUCUGUAUUCGGGCACGGAGCAUGGGUUUGGGGUGCGGGUAGAUUUGACGGAUGAGCAGCAGAAGUAUGCGAAGGAGGAGGCGUUUGUCCAGGCGGUUAAGUGGUUUGAUCGGUUUUUGGUGUAA